UGUUGCAAACAUUUAAAAUAAUACCAUGUAUAAUUGGGGGUGAAAAACAAUGAUAGUGAACUUCAGAGACUUUUUUUUUUUUUUUUUAAAUUAAGUGGAAAAUACCAACAUUUUUGCCACUUCUGGUCAUGACUGUGAUUCAUGACAUUUCAUACAGGCUCAGAAGUUGAUGAAGUGCCUCACACAUAAUCCUCUAAACGAUGUGUGUUAUUGUUGGCAUUGUGUUUGCUGUGAGACGAAGAGAAAAAAACAAAAAAAACGCCACCAGCCAAGAUGAUUCAUCAGAGCAGAAUACGGAAGUGAAAAGGGCACCUCCAGAGUCUGUCUUUUGUUUUUUCGUUCUCACAAUGAAUCAUCCAUUAAACUUCUCAGAAAGUCUUGGAGAUGUUCUCUGGAAGUUUUUUUUCUUCUCCUGCUCACAGCUGUUGGAUAAAUGAAGGAGCUUUUGUCGGUUGUUCGCGCUGCAGCGACGUUUCAUCCGCGGUUAUAUAAUCCAGUUUCAGUUUGAGGAAUGCCGCUCCCGACUUGUUGCCAUGUAGGUCUCCGUACAUGCGUAUUGGUGUUUGCAGUGUAAAGAGUUGCAGAGUCAUGUUGGUGCAGAAAUUCCUGCCCGCCGCCGCCGCCGCUGCUCUCUUUGGACUCCGGCCGCUGGAGACGCAGCGCAGCGACGCGCAGUUGUGCCUUUGACGCAGGAGGAGGACGACGGAUCCGCCGGUUCCAGUCCCCCCUCCAGGAGCAGGACGCAGAGAAAGCUUCCACCGGAGAAACACCCUCCCGUGGCUGGACGGCUACUAUACUCUCCCCCCUGCUGCUGCUGCGGUUUCUGGUGUGAUUUCGCAGCUGUCGUUCAGGUUGGAGGUGAGUGAAUCCGCAGCUGUUAGAAAAACGUUUCAGCCUGAAGAAAUCACAGCGAUACGAGACGCUUCUGGAUAAGCUCCGCUCCAGACCCGGUUUAAAGAAAUCUCUGCUGCGACACUACUGAUUGCAUUCGCCGACCACUUCCUCUUCUGCUGUGGACCUCCACAUGGCAGAGGACUGCAAGAAACAUCACAAUGGAUUACUUUCAAAACCCUGAAACUUGUAAAUUGUGGACGAACGGUCAUUUAAAGAAUCGUGGUUUGACCGGCUCUGUGGAAACUGUCUGAUCCUGACGUAGACGCCGUCAGUCAUGUCGGAGCCUGGACGUAUGAAUGACGGAGCAUCGAGUGGUUCACCAUCAGUCUGCAAGUUGGUUUCGCCACCACGUUCGAGCAGAGAAACACAAGGCAGGAACUCAUUCUUUGCAGCAACUGGCCUGCUCUGCCUGAUCACCAAUGGAUAAUCCUCGUGUGCCUCAUUCUUUUGGAAGUAUCUACUAACUGAAUAGAUUUUCUUGUUAGAUUUUAGGCAAAAAUGGAGAAACUGAAGACAUCUGCUGGCUGGAGCCUUGACAUUUAUGAGUUAAAGACCAAAGGAAUUUCCUCUGUUAACAGUCUGACCCCAAUGGGAUAAGAACUAAAAAAAGAAAACCUUGAACUGUACGAGACUAUACGACUGAGCAGGGACCGAUCCCUAAUUACUGAAAAACCAAAUCUGGAGUUACUACGACACUUUCUCCACAAUGCAUUGUUCAAUGAAGAAGAAACGUCCAACGCGCGAUUCGGAUUUCUCGGCUAUCGUGGUUCCCUCGAUGCACGGGUCCGGAUGUCUGGACUACACUGUGGAGACUCACGCUUCCAGAUCCCUGAAGGUCAUGGACGAGUUCAGGCGGCAUGAGAUGCUGUGCGACCUUGUGCUGCACGUCACCUACAAGGACCGGACAGUGGACUUCAAGGUGCACAGGGUGGUCCUGGCCUCCUGCAGCCCCUACUUCAGAGCCAUGUUCACCAGCAGCUUCAAAGAGUGCCGCGCCUCCGAGGUCACCCUGCGCGACGUCUGCCCCCAGGUGGUGGGGAAGCUCAUCGACUUCGCCUACACGGCCCACAUCACGGUGGGAGAGAAGUGUGUGCUGCAUGUCCUCCUGGCUGCCAUGAGGUACCAGAUGGAGGACGUGGCCAAAGCGUGUUGCGAUUUCCUCAUGAAACAUCUGGAGCCGGCCAACGUCAUCGGCAUCGCUCGCUUCGCCGAGGAGAUCGGCUGCACGGAGCUGCACCAGCACAGCCGAGAGUACAUCAACACACACUUCAGCGAGGUGACCAAAGAAGACGAGUUCUUCAGCCUCAGUCACUGUCAGCUGCUGGAGCUCAUCAGUCAGGACAGCCUCAAGGUGCUCUGCGAGUCGGAGGUGUAUAAGGCCUGCACAGACUGGGUCCGCUGGGACACGGAGGGCAGAGCUCAGUAUCUACAUGCCCUCCUCAACGCUGUUCACAUCUACGCUCUGCCUCCCAAGUUCCUGAAGACCCAGCUGCUGUCCUGUCCCAUCCUCAGCAAGGCCAAUUCCUGUAAGGACUUCCUCUCUAAAAUCUUCCAGGAUAUGACGCUCAGGAAGCUUCCUCCGGCGCCUAACCGUGGAACCCAACUCAUCUACGUGGCCGGCGGAUACCGGCAGCAUUCUCUGGCCUCCAUGGAGGCCUUUGAUCCCAGGAGGAAUGUCUGGAUAAAGCUGGCAGACAUGGGGACUCCGUGCAGCGGUCUGGGAGCCUGUGCACUGUUUGGACUGCUCUACACUGUUGGAGGCAGGAACCUGUCGCUCCAGAACAACACCGAGUCCAACGCCCUGUGCUGCUACAACCCCAUGACCAACCAGUGGAGCCAGCGGGCCCCCCUCAACAUCCCCAGGAACAGGGUGGGCGUGGGCGUGGUGGACAGCUGCAUCUACGCCGUCGGAGGUUCCCAGGGUUCUCUGCAUCACAACACGGUGGAGAGGUGGGAUCCAGAGUCCAACCGCUGGUCCUUUGUUUGUCCGAUGUCGGUGGCUCGCCUGGGGGCCGGGGUGGCGGCCUGUGGCGGGGCUCUGUAUGUGGUGGGGGGAUAUGACGGACAGAACCGCUGGAACACUGCUGAGAAAUACCAGCCCGACACUAACAGCUGGCACCAACUAGCUCCCAUGAACACUAUUCGCAGCGGACUGGGACUGGUGUGUGUGAACUCCUACCUGUACGCUGUAGGAGGCUACGAUGGGCGCUCGCAGCUGUGCUCCGUGGAACGUUACAACACGGUCAGGAACAUCUGGGAGCCCAGAGCCGCCAUGCAGUACUGCCGCAGCGCACAUGGAAUCACAGUCCACCAGGGAUGCAUCUUUGUCUUCGGAGGUUUUAACCAGCACGGCUUCCUGUCCAGCGUCGAGUGCUACUGUCCAGAAAGAAAUGAAUGGACUUGCGUCACCGACAUGCCUCUUGGACGCAGCGGCAUGGGCGUCGCUGUUACCAUGGAGCCGUGUCCUGGCAACCUGCCAGGACUGGAGGAGGAGGAGGAGGAGGAGGAGGAUGGAGCCACGUAAGACGAAAUUCUAUUGUAGCCUCGAGUGCUGGAUACACUUUUUUUUUAAGUGGUGCUGCUUUUCAAGACAAGGGGGCCAAGUGCAUUAAAUAAAUAAAAAAAAAAAAACAUUCCAAAAUAAAACUCCUCACAUCUCCCCGCCCUCAUGGAUCUCGCACCAAUAGAUACAGCUUCUGUCUGUAUGGGAACUUUGAAGAGGAAGAAAUGUAUAGUGGGUCAAGUGAUGCAGAACAAGUGGUAGCAUGUGGCAGUGACCUCACGACGAACUGGUGCUACUGAUGUAAACUCAAACAAUAUUUAAUUAAAUGUCACCGCUUUGAAUCUC